AUGUCCCUUAAGACAACAAUGAAGCGGAUUAAGACAAUUAACAGAACCAACGGCGGCUUAUGGCUGGAGACUUAUCGGUGGCCCCAGGACGCACUGAACCAGACGGUGGUCCUGAGCCUCCCCGAUGUUGUCAAGCUGUCGAAGGCGGGCGAGGGCGUGGCGGGCGUCGAGGAGGUCCGUCAGUUGCUGCUGCUGGUGUUGGGGUGCGCCGUCCAGUCCUCCAGGAAGGAAGACGUCAUCGAUAACAUCAAGAAGCUCGACAUCAACGUCCAGCACUCGAUCGUCGAAUGCAUCAAGGAGGUCACAGACAACCUGGAGGCGGUGUGGCCCAGCGAAUGGUCCCGGGUGGAGGCAGUGCCCGAGGAGCAACUCGGAACGGCCUUCAGCACUCUAGUCAAGCACUGCAGAAGGCUCGCCCUCGAGCGAGAUGUCUUCAACCAGGACCUGCUGCGAGCCCUGUGUGGAGAAGGCGACGAAGAGGAAGCUUCCCAGGAGAGCGUUCAUCACCUGGGAGUGCAAUUAGCUGAUUGUAAGGCCCAGCUGCGACGCCUUCGUCAAGAUUAUGACGAAAAAGUGGAGAGCAUUGCCGAGUAUAAGGACGAGUUAGAACAAAGCAAAGCCCUUAUCAGCAAACUGCGACAAGAGAACAUCGAACUUGUGCAAGAUGCGAGGGCGGCGAGGGCGUGGCGAGAUGAAGCGGACAUUUUGCGAGAGCGGGCGAGCCGGGAUGCUUUAGAGCAAGAGGUUGCCAGAUAUAGGGAUAAGAUGGCCGACAUUGAAUUCUACAAGACGCGCGUAGAAGAACUACGUGAGGAUAACAGAAUAUUAGUUGAGACCAAGGAGAUGUUGGAAGAACAACUUGCUUCAUCGCGCAGGAGGGCCGAACAAGUGUUGGACUUGGAGAAUAAUAUUCUACAGCUUAAACAGACAAUUAAUCAAAUUAGUAUUGAACGAGAUGCUGACCGUGAAAGACUCCAGGAAGUCAUGGAGGAAAAUGCCCAGCUCCAUCUCAGUACAAAGAACUCCCUCAGUGAAUCCGCCACUUUGGUCGCCCAGUUGGACCAGCUGAAAUCACGGGCACCUAUGAAUGGCUCCAGCGUGGGCAGUGAUCUCAUUGGCGAUGCGCAGGCCAGGGUUUUGAAGCUCCAGUUAGAAAACCAAAGACUAGAGGCUGAAAACGAACAACUUAAGCGAGAGAGCCUUUUAGCCUCCACUGAUAAGUUGCUAGAAUUAGAAAAAGAAAACAAGAGGCUGUCUAUUAAGGUGACUCAUUUACAAGAUAUGAGUAAAAAGGAACGAUCUCAUGUGUUGGAAGCACAAGGGGAAAGUGAUCAACGUCAUCAGGAAAAUCAGCGUUUACAUCAAACGAUCAAUACAAUCAAAACAAAUUCUCAGCGGCAAAUAGAUGAACUCCAGCAAGAAAACACUCAGCUCCUGGAGCUCAUUGAGACACUUAGGGAAAGGCAGAAGAAAACGACUGACACCCGUCUGAUUGAUGUUGAGAGCGAGAAUAAGAAACUAAGUGAUUUAAAUCUUCAGCUCCAGAGUCAAGUUUCCAGGUUAGAAUAUGAAAAACAGCAACUCAAUAGAUUGACAGAAAGGUUGCGAGAGUCUGCUGACAAGCUCUCGGAAGUUGAGCAGCAGAAAGCGGAGAUUGAACGAGAGAAUAAAGAUCUAAACAAAGCCUUAGGAGCUUUCCGGGAGAGUUGUGAGCGCCAUGAAGCUUUGGAGAGGGACUAUGCUACUGAAGUCGAACACUCUCGUGUUAGUAAAGUGCUUACAGUCAUGAAGGAGACUGUUUCUAAGCUUGAGAGUGCACAUAGUGAAAAACUUCAAAUGCAAGUGGAAAUGGAACGUCUCAAUCGCUCUAUUGACAGUCUUAAGUCAUCAUCAGUUCGUAUUGCUGACUUAGAGUCAGAAAAGGAGUCACAGAUACAGCAGAUUAAUCUUCUUCAAGGACAAAUUACUGCCUUCAAGUCUGAUAGAAGUAAGCUUGAACAGAUGGAACUUGAUCUUCUUGCUUCAAGCAAUGAAGUUCAGAAGAAAAAUAGAUCUUUGGAAACAAGCCAAAAGAAAUUAGCUGAGAUGGAGAAGGAAAGAACAGAGCUUGAGAAUGAAAAUUCUAAACUUCAGAGAACAGUGGAAACUUUGAAGUUAUCUACAAAGAGACUGAAUGAACUAGAGAGAGAUCUUACUGAAUUGGAGGGUACCAAUGACCGUCUGGAUAGAGAGAACAAGUCCCUUCAGAAAGAGGUUUCUAGGUUGCGUACAGCAAUGGAAGUCAAGGAUAGUUUAAUAGAUGAAGCCGCAAGCAAGACCUCCACACUAGAAAGAGAUAUAAAGAGGCUUGAUAAGGAAGUCAAUGAGCUUAGGGGAAGUGAUAAUAGAGUAAGAGAGUUAGAAAAAGAGAAACGGGAAUUUGAACAACAGAUGAUGACAGAGCGUAAAACUCUGAACUGCUUGAGGGAGGAUUUAGUUGCAGAGAAGGUAAAAACUCAGCAGUUGUCUAAUCAGCUUGACAGCCUUAAAUCAGAUCUAAGCAAGUUAGGAUUGAAUGCUGACAACCUGACUGCCCCUGUGUCAGAUAAUGAGAGCGACCGUUACAAAGCAUUGGAGGCCAUGCUAGAGGAAACUUUGAAACGCAGUGUAGAAGUGCGGGAAGAGAAAAUAGCUUCAUUGGAGAUUCGAUUAGGUGAAUCAAUUAGCAGAAACAAAGACCUACGUAAAGAGUUAAUGGAGGUUAAAAGUGAGUUUGAGACCUUACAGCAACGAUAUCAUGAAGAAGGAGCAGCUGCAGGUGUUAUUGAAGAUGUUUCCAAAGAAAUGGCCAAACUUCGAGAAGCUCUGCACCGUGGAAAUCAGGAGAGGGCCAGUCUUGAAAGUGAGAUAACGGAGUUGAAGUCCCAGACUGCCAGUUAUCGAGAGCAAGUUUGUGCCUUACAAUCACAAGUGACGUCACUUUCCAACCAGAACACUGUUAUGUCUCAGCACAAUGCUACUCUUCAAGGAGAAAAUGCUCGAUUGCAGGUUGAGAAUACCACAUUGCAAUCACAGUCAGCAUCUCUCAUUGCACAGAAUUCAGCUUUGCAAUCAUCAGCCACACAAAGUGAUGCAGAAAAAGAAAAGGUGCGUCGAUCUUGUGAUGAGCGUGGGAAUAGGCUGUCACAAUUGGUGAAUGACCAUGAAGCUCUUCAGCGCCUUCAUCAACAGUUAACAAGAGAAUAUGAUAACCUUAUUUCAGAACAUAACACUCUUAAGACUGCUCAUAAGAAUCUUAAGCAGGAACAAAAAGAAUUAAAGGAGCGACAGAAUAAAAUGUCAGCUGGUGAAGAUGAUUUGCUUAAGAUGCGGGAAGCGCUUGAUGCAGAAAUGUCUAAACUUAAGAUGGAUUCAAAUUCCUUGGCAAAUCUUCGUGGAGAGCAUUCAAGACUUAAGGAUGAUUUCCGAAGCCUUUUCUCAGCCAAUGAGAAAUUGCGAACAGAAUAUAAGAAUCUUCAAGGAGAUUAUAAAGCAGUCAAAACUGAAAACAAUACUGUGAAGUUGAGAUUGACUGAGUUAGAUGGAGAGCUUAAUGAUACAAGAGAUCAAAUGGCAGCUCUUGAUGUUGAAGUAUCAAAGCUAACCAACAAAUGUCAGGUGUUGCAGACAUUAAAUGUAACUUUAGAAGAAGAUAGACGUUCACUGAUGUCACAAGUUUCGUUGCUGCUGACGCAAUAUCAUGAUCUCUUAACUCAGACAUUGGAAGAUAAACAACAUUUCCAUCAAGAGGAAAAGAAUUUCACAGAUAAACUAAACAACUUGAGACGUCAAAAGGAGAAACUUGAAGAGAAAAUCAUGGAGCAGUACAGACGUAUGGAUAAUUCACCAUCCAAAAAGUUAUCGCCGGGCUGCGUACCUUACUCGAAAGGCUUUGGUUCAAACCUAGUACGACGAGUGAGAAAGGCUGGUACGGAACUCAUUAGUAAGGUACCAAGGAGUGGGAGAUCACGAUCCCGUGGUCGUGAUGAAGGUGGUGAAAGUCCAGAUUCUUCAUCGUUGGGCUCUUCAUCACAUGCUAAUGAUUCUUUGGACUCUGGUUCUGAAACACGCCGAUCCUCGCCAAAUUUACCUCCAUCCCCAUCCCAUGAUGGUGAAGGAGAGCUGAGGUUAGGGAGAAAUGGAUAUAUUCCUGAUAAUUACAGAAAGAGUUUACCACCAGCAUUAAAUGAUUUAUUUUCUUCGCAAGUUUUACGAGGAUCCGUGUCUUCAGAAGAUGUAGGAAGUCUUCGAUCAGGUGAGGCUAGUGACAGUCAUCAGGAGGAUUCUCUUUCAACAGUCACUGCUGGUAGUAGUACAGCUGAACUGAGUCGGGCAGGGUCAAGACGUCCGGUCUACUUAACCGAGGAUGCUGAUUCAAUUCCAACAAGAGAUGUUGGGCCUGAGCCCCUUCAUGAUUCCCAGAGUCGAGGCAGAGCUUCUUUGCGCAGUACUUCCUCUGCAUCCUUAAGUCAGCAGGCCAUGAACAGGAGCUUUAGCAGUGCCCACAGUAGCCUGCCACCUCAUACCCCACGUACACCAACACCAGGUAGUGCACCAAGAGCCUCAACACCAAAAUCUGGUGUUAGAAGAGAAAGAGCCAUAGAUGAUGAAACUCCAACCACCCCUCGCUUGCCUCCACGUGCAGACCAUACAAACAGUGCCCCCCAAGUUCCCCCAAGAUCUCGACGUGGCUCUACCAUUGUUCAAGAUUCAAUAAAUUCUAGUCACUCUCCAUCUGAUGUUCAAGAUCCUAAGCCACCCAAACCACCACCAAAACCACCUGUUAAUGAAGACGCUCCUUUAAAGUCUGGGAAAGAUAUAGUAGACAACUCAGUUUGGUAUGAGUAUGGAUGCGUGUGAUUUAUUUGCUGUUAAAAUUACAUGGGAGGGUCACUUGGAAGUAAUUAACAUUUACAGUAACUUGUAAAUAUUUUUAUUUAAAUCUGUGGCCAAAAAAUUCCAUAUUUAAUUGUACAAAAAAUUUGUUUUUUUAGAAUUCAGUCUAGGGCCAGUGUAAUAUUAGAUUAUCUUAAUCCCCAAGAAUGAAAAAAAAUUGUUACCUGAACGUGUUCACUGUUAGGUGAUGGAUAAGUUUUUAAACCUUGUUUUAAAAGGUACUUUUAGUAUUAAAACCGUAUGGUAGAAAUGAAUAAAGUAGGUGACCUUGCCCAUAGUUUUAUGCUAUCAGAUCUCGUAACCUGAGAUUAUCAAAUGUGUCAGGUUAGGAAUGCAACCUAAUGCUGAAUUCUCUUUGAAUGUGUGCACUAGUGCUUUGUAAUUUAGUUGUACAUAUUUUGGAAAGGCACAAGUUCAUUGUAAAUAUGAUUUACUAGCCUUCUGUAUCAUUAUAAUUUUUUAUACGCAUACAAUUUACACAAUUUUGAUUUUUCUAUACCGUUGUAGAGAAAUCCAAAUGAGGUGUUUUGUGUAAAUGUUUAUAAUUUUUCAUUUCAUAUGGUAUUCAUUAUUUUCAGGUUAUCAUCACCUCAUUCAUAUAAUUAUAUGAAAAAUAGUCAUUUGUGAAUGUCCUGUGGGUACUUGAUUUUGAGGCAUUUAACCUACUCCAAUUCUUUUUCACAUUUGAAAGUUACUGUUGGUAAUGAGUGAUUUACUGUGAUGGAUAGUACUGUCAGUUUAACUAUAGAAUGAAGUCAACACCAUCGGAAUAGUGCUUGUUUGAGAAUUUUUUAAUUUUUUUUUAUUUUCAACAUUUAAAAUUAACCUUUUAGCCAUAUCCAGCUUGAAAAUACUUUUAUCUGAUAAUUGGAGGUUAACUAAUUUACACUCACUGAAAUCACUGGAAGAAACUAGAGAAACUGUGGCAUUGAUAAUUUUAAUUUGGUGUAUUGUAGUGUUACCAGUGGUUGCUUAGUGGUAAUGUUUACCAAAGUAUAGCAUGUCAAGCUGUUUAUCUACUACUGAUUAUAAUUGAAGUUGUCUUAAUAUACCUGAAACUGUAUUCUGAACUUCAUGAUUGUAUUAGUCCAUAAAAUUAUACUAGUCAUAUAGAGGUAUUGAUGUGUAAUGUGGAUAAAAAAAAUUAGAUGAUGUUUCAUUUAUAAUGGUGAAAAAAUACUUUCAAUUUACACAUGGUUGUAAAACAUUUUUGUGAAUAAGAAUGGAUUGUAAGUUUAACUCAUCCCAUUGCAGCAUCAAAAUUCUUCAUAGAAACUGCCACUUUUUAAUCAUUUUGGCUCUGAGCAAAAAUCCUCUUCUGCUUAAAUACACUUACAAAAUGUAUCAAAAUUACAGGACAGCAUGAAAUAAAUAAAAUUAUGAAUGUAAA